ACUACAUACCAAAUCCCAUGGUAAGAACAGCUUUCGGCUUGAGCGAAGUCCUCAGUACGACUUUCACGAUGUCUGAGACUUGUAACGAUAACGGGACACUUAACUUGCUCGAAGAUCUUCUAAGGAUCCUUAAAGAAGAAAAAAUCUUUAAUCCUAAUGCUCAUUCGGUAGUUAAUUUUCGUCAUCCUACUGAUCUCAAGGAAAUAUUAUCAUUUAGAUUAAAAGAUGAUGGUUCUACUUCCGAAGAAAUCGAGGCUGCAAUACGAAAAAUAAUCAAAUAUUCUGUUAAAACUUUUAGUCCUAACUUUCACAAUCAACUUUUUGCCGGUGUGGAUAAAUAUGGACUUGCCGGUUCUUGGCUUACCGAAGUUUUAAAUACGAGUCAGUACACGUAUGAAGUAAGUCCAGUAUUUACGUUGAUUGAACAAGAGAUAAUAAACGAAUGUUUGAAGCUUGUUGAUUAUCCAUCAACACCGGAUGCUGAUGGGAUUUUAUGCCCAGGUGGUAGUAUAUCUAACAUGUACGCCAUGGUAAUGGCUAGAUAUAAGAUAUUACCGGAUAUUAAGAAAAAGGGUUCCAGUGCUUUUCCUCCUUUGGCAUGUUUUACCAGUGAAGAAGGUCAUUAUUCUAUAAUGAAGGCAGCUCAUUGGUUGGGUAUCGGGACUGAUCAAGUUUACAAGAUCAAGACUGAUGAGUUCGGAAAGAUGAUACCAACAGAGUUGUGGAAUGCAAUACAGGAGGCCAAGAGUAAGAAAAAAUUGCCAUUUUUUGUUAAUGCAACAUGCGGAACGACAGUUCUCGGUGCUUUCGAUCCACUACCAGAAAUAGCUAGUAUUUGCAAGGACGAGUCUCUUUGGAUGCAUGUUGACGCAUGCCUAGGUGGAACUUUACUGCUUUGUAACACUUAUCGGGACCGUUUGUAUGGGAUUGAGUUAUCCGAUUCAGUUUCCUGGAAUCCACACAAAAUGCUUGGUGUACCUUUACAGUGUUCAAUAUUUUUAGUAAAAGGUAAAAAAGCAUUGCACGAGACUAAUUGUGCCGGUGCGAAGUAUCUUUUUCAGCAGGACAAAUUUUACGACGUUUCUUAUGACACUGGUGAUAAGAGCGUGCAAUGCGGUAGAAAGGUAGAUGCUAUGAAAUUUUGGCUUAUGUGGAAAGCACAUGGCACAAUUGGUUUGGAUGCAUCAGUUCAAUUAGCAAUGUCCGCUGCUGAAUAUUUUAAAGAUAGAAUCAAAUUUAUAGAAGGUUUUAGGCUCGUUUUGCCUGACUACGAGUGCAAUACCAUCUGCUUUUGGUACAUCCCAUCUAGUAUGCGUGGCAAAAGUGAGACCCAAAAAUGGUGGGACGAAUUGUCCAGAGUUACGACGUCGAUAAAAGAAAAAAUGGUAAUUGAUGGUACUUUAAUGAUUGGCUACACCCCCCUGCCCAAUAAAAAUCUAGUGAAUUUCUUUCGAAUGGUCGUCACGUGUCAUCCACCACCUUCGCAAACUUCUAUGGACUAUGCCAUUAAAUUAUUCCAAACAUACGGAGAAAAAUAUUAAAUUCGACAAAUUUUUCAUGGCUUAUCUCUCCGUCCUUUUUUUUGGUUGCAAAUUUUCCUAUAAUCUUUCACUUUUUCUUUUAAUUUCAUUUUC